AUGCCUACCCUGCCCGGCCGCCAUCAGUGCCCCUUUGGCGUGGAUGCAGAGAUAGAACAAGAUGCGCCAAUGCCGGGAGAAAGUUUCCUAACAAAAGUUUAUACAUACAGACUGGAAACGAAGACUCGACCCAGUAAAGACCCAAAUGGUGAACUGAAUUGGAUCACAGAGGAAGUUGAGAAGGAGCAUGAAGACUGGCGGGAGGAUAAAGAAGAGGCAAGAAAGUGGGAGGAGGAAGGAGGUGGUGAGGGCUUCUGUGCGGGACAAGCGGCAGGGCCCUCAUUGAGUCCCGAUGCCCCGGGGCACGCGGUGGAGUCGGAAAUCGUGCCGAUUCCGGUCACCUGCUUUCAGGAACUUGAAGGAACUACCAGUGGUCUGUCGAGAGUAUGCCCUAGUAUCUGCCGGGAGUAUGAACCGCCUCACCGGGUAAUAGAACGACGUGUGGUACUGACACGCGGCAAACACGGGGGUCUUGAACGCCGCGAAAAUGUCGAAAUUGUCACAAGGUUUAGAGCUGCCAAUGCAAGCGACUACCAAGUGCCGACACCACCGCCUACUGCAGUUUCAACGCCAGACGAGAGGACUGCCAUUUCGGAGAAACUUGAUGAAAAUCCUGUGCAAACCGAGAUUUUAAUGAGGGAAGCGAAUAAAAAGGAGUCGGAGGAUGAGGACAACAAUGAAAUCCUCAUGAAUACAGAGGAGAGUCCUUCGGAGGAGCCAGAGAGCACAGUUACCCAGUAA